GCUAGACACGAAACUAACAAUUUAACGCCUAAAACAAUCGUGACUGAAAUAUUGUAUGUCUGUCUAUCAAACGAACACCAGAAGUACAAUUUUCCAAACCAAACCUACUCAAACUAAAAUAAAAAAGUAUUACUACUAAUGAAAAAUAAUAUUAAAACUCUUCACACGUAGGUGGUUCUGGAGGAGAACGAGUUCUACCAAUGUCUACGCACUCUAAAAGAAGGCAGACAGAAAUCUCUAACCAGACGAAGCUAGCCAGAACACCAGUAGAACUCCCCACAUCGAGAGGGACAAAACAGCCCGGAGCACCAGUGCCCCGGAAAGAAGAACAAAAUCAACACAACCAGAAAAGAAGAGCAAUCCAAUUGGGUCAUACCUAUACCAAGAAUCUUUGAGCGUUAGUAUCACCAUCAGAUAGUUUGGAUCACUGCUGCAGGAGAAGAGUAAGGCCAAAGACGAACUAUCGAAACGUAUUGGAAGAUAGCGCCUUUCUACUUCUCGUCGCUAGAUAUGACCUAAAUGGUAGAGUUUUAUAGAUAUGACCUAAAUGGUAUAUUUGUCAACAUAAAUUAUUUAUUUAUUUAUUUAUUACGAAUUUUAUUUAAAUAGUACUCCCUCCAUCCCACUAAGAUUGAGACAAUUCGUUUUACUAUGCUUGCCCGGCUAUAAAGCAAACAGAUAUGAUGAAACGGUUAGCAACACGGGGGGGGGGGGGGGGGGGGGUGAAUUGUGUGUGUGGAACCGUGGCAUUUGUUUGCCAAGUUCUAGUAUGGGAUAAGGGGAAAUGCAAAAUAGUAAAGUGCACAAGGAUUUAACGAGGAAAACCCCUUUGGCUCAAAGGGAUUAAAAAACCUCGACCUCCCUCGGAGGAAUUUUAAACAACUUCACUAAAAAGCAUUUGAAUGAUUACAAGGGAAACUCUCCUAGUCUACCCUUGAGCCACUCAAACUCUAUCCUCUCAAGGAAGAGUUAUGCAUCUCUACCUUGCGGGUAGAGUGUCCCUCAGCUUUACAACAAAGCUCUCACAAAACACUUAACCCAACACGAGGAAGCUACACUUAGCUAAUCCUCAAUAACCCAAUUAGAAUAUGAAAAUGAAAACUCUAUCUAAAACUCUGUGAUGGAUAGUCUACCCAGGGGGUAUCUUAUCCGAGGGGUUAUUGCGGGAAUAACUAGAGAGAAGUCAGAGCAAAUAGGAGGAGUCGAUUUUAUUAAAUGAACUCAGCGUGGUUUACAAGGAGGAUAAGGGCUGCUAUUUAUAGCAGCAAUAAAUGCGAUGAGAGUACACGUGUCAACAAUCCAAUGGCUGAGGGGUCAUAUCAAUCGGGUGGCACCGGCAGUGGCAUGUUCACCGCAUUGAAUGCGGUAGGUGGAUGUGACGUCGCAUUAAAUGCGGUGGUUGGCUGUCUCCAAAGGGAAUCUUCGAUGAUUGAGUCUGUUUAGCCGAAGGCUCCUCGCGUGGCCGAGGGCUUCAAGUGGCCGAGGGCCCCUGUUAGCCGAAAGCUCUGUGUAGCCGAAGGCUUAGUUCAGCUGAAGGCUUCUCUGAUGCCGAGGGCUGUUCAGUGCCGAAGGCUCCUGUUUUCUCCCAGUAACUUCGUAUGCCAAAAAAGUCUAUGUUGUGAGUUUUGGAGCCUUCGGCCAAGGUGGCCGAAGGCACCCCAGUGUGAAUUUUGGGCUUCCUUGAACUUGGGCCACUGUAUUUGGGCUUCGGACGCUUCACGGGCUCAAUGGGCCUUUGUAGGAGAAGUAGGAGUCUCUGGGUCGGGGGUUCCUGGGCCAUAUACUCCAUCACUCUGUGAGCAGGUUCAUAUGGCUUGGACUUGGUAUUUAUCACGUGUAUAUCUCUUAGUAUUCCCUAGGUCAAGCACACCCUCUUCUAUUCACCUUUCGUCAAAUAUAUAGCCUUAUGUGUGACGUUCGUUGGCUCCUCUUUCCUUAGUUGGAUACUUGGACUUUUCUUGAUAUUUUUGAAUUGUUUUCCAUCCAUAAUGUUUCCCAUAUCCGAGCUCAAUAUGAGGUAUCCAAAUUAAGACAUCCAAAAUAUUAUAAUCAAGGUAGUAUAUCAAUCACGCACCAAGUGUAUAAAUAUAAAUUAAUCAUUCAAAUCACGUGGGAUUAAUUAAUGGUGGGGAUAUUCCAAGCUUCUUGGAUUUACUACCAAGAAGGAAAGCUUCGGUCAACUCCAAAAAGGUAGGGAAUUAUUCUUUACAAAAGGAUUCACUUAAGAACAAUUUUCCUUUUCUAAGUGGAUGCAUUAAAGAAUCUUUCCAUAUAGAUAUUCAAUUAAUCUUUUACCUAAUGAUGAUCCUUUUCAAAUUACAAAGGAGUACAGAUCAUGUUACGGUCACCAAAGCAUUUAUAAGUAAGGAUUCCUUCCAUAAAGGUUAAUUUAUAAAAGUCAAUAUACACAUGCAAGCUUAAUUUAAAUAAUGCCACGUAAAUCAUGCAUGUGUCACACUUUAGUUACGUAGACAUAAAUGACUCAUUCAGAACGUAGAGUAGUUCCAUCUAUGGUUCUUUCGAGAACCCAUACUAGUGCUACAUGCAUGGUUAGUGACAAGACCGUUCUUUCCCUUGUUCCAAUAUGAUUAGUCAUCAACAAAACUAAAUAGUCAACAAGAUCCCUGUCCGCUCUCAAAUUAUUUUUAGAGAAUAAAAUUACAUAUACAGAAACUACAUUAAAUAGUCAGAAGUAUCUCAUGGCCAAUGAUUGGUCCACCCUAGACGUUCACAGGACUAGUGCAUUCCAAUUUAGGUAGAAAAUAGAUGUUUGUUUGAAUUGAUGAAUUUGGUUUUGAGGGAGUGUUUAGUUUGAUAAGAGAUAUAAUAUGCCUAUACAUAUUAUAUUACUUAUAAAAGCUAGUUGUAGAAGAAUAUGAAGAAUAUUAUAAAAAAGGGUGUAAAAUAAAACAUAUUUAUCAUAUUCCAGGAUUGCUACACUAGUUAAAAUAGAAAGGAAGAGAUCAGAAUUGCAGUAGUGAUUGUUUCAACUCAACUUCUCAUGGCAUUCAGUUUUCUCCUCCCUUGCCUCUUCCUCUCCGUGAAUCUCCUGCUACUAUCAUAGCCGCGAAUGACCCUAUCCUUUCGGACAUUCCCGAAUUGUGGGAACCACUAUGUCCCUUACCCACUCAGCACCAGCUCUGGUUGCAGCAACCAGCACUACAAGAUCUGCUACAACAACGGGGAGCUGUUAUCCGAUGCCCUUAACAACACCUACAAGAUAUCAUCCAUCACAUCGGAGUCCCAACGUCUAACAAUCGAGACAUCACCACUCUUACCGCACACCUGCAUUACAGAAGAUAUCUCGACAGGUGGCAUCCGACUCGAAUCCUCCCUCCCAUUCAAUAUUACUAGCGGCAACACACUUUUGUUCCUCAGCUGUACAGAAGCUCUUUUUGACGCGCCCUUAAACUGCUCUUCUAGUAGCAUAUGCCACACCUACAUCAAUCAAAGCCUCAAUGUCGGCAACCCCAUCAGCACGUGUUCUAGGGACCCAAUCUGUUGCAGUUUUAGAGCUCGUGGGUCCGCGAUGGCUGACAAGAUCCAGGUUAGGAUGGCAUCUUGCUGCGCCUACCGCGUCUUUGUUAACCUAAACGAGUCUUUACCCAUUCGUCAGUGGCCCAAACCCGAGGUGGAAUUCAAGUGGAUGUCGCCAUUAUAGCCUCGAUCUAGCUCCCAAUCGGAAUGUGAUUCCAAAUCUGCUUGUGGACUUGACAAAUAUGGUGUCAGCAGGUGUUUGUGCACUUCGAAGCAAAGCUGGAACCCCAUCCUUGGCUCAUGUGCUCUCGGUAAGAUUUUUUCAUGCAUCUUUUACAUGCAAUAGAACAACUAACAUGCUUAUGUAAAAGAUGUUCUAUUGCACCAGAUGUUCUACAGAACAAUUAACAUGCAAAACCGUUCUAUUGCAUGCAAAAGAAGCAUGACAAAAUCUUAACGAGAGUACAUGAGCCAAGGAUGGGGUUCUUGCUUCGCCCCGAAGUGCACAAGGACCUGCUGACGCCAUAUUUGUCCAGUCCACAAGUAGAUUCGAAUCACAUUCCAAUUGGGAGCUACAUCGAGGCUCUAACAACGACGUCCACUCAAAUUCCACAGCGGGUUUGGGCCACUGAUGGACGGACAAAGACUCAUUUAGGUUAACAAAGACGCGGUAGGCGCGACAACAUACCAUCCUAACACGGAUCUUGUCAGCCGUCGCGGACCCGCCAACUCUAAAACUGCAACAGAUUGGGGCCCUAGAACACGUGCUGAUGGGGUUGCCGACAUUGAGGCUUUGAUUGAUGUAGGUGUAGCAUAUGCUACUAGAAGAGCAGUUUAAGGGCGCGUCUAAAAGAGUUUCCGUACAGCUAAGGAACAAAACUGUGUUGCUGCUAGUAAUAUUGAACGGGAGGGAGGAGUCGAGGCGGAUGCCAGCUAUCGAGAUAUCUUUUGUAAUGCAGGCGUGCGGUAAGAAUGGUGAUGUCUCAAUUGUCAGAUGUUAGGACUCCGGCGUGAUGGAUGACAUCUUGUAGGUGUUGUUAAGGGUAUCGAAUAACAGCUCCCCGUCGUUGUAGCGAAUCUUGUAUCGCUGAUCGCCGCAACCGGAGCUCAUGCUGAGUGGGUAAGGGACAGAGUGGUUCCCACAAUUCGGGCAUGUCCGGGAAGAUAGGGUCAUUCCCGGUCAUGAUAGUAGCAGGAGCAUCACGGAGAGGAAGAGGUGAGGGAGGAGAAAAUUGAAUGCCAUGAGAAGCCGAGUUGAAACAAUCACUAUUGCCAUUCUGAUCGCUUCCUUUUUAUUUUAACUAGUGUAGCAAUCCUGGAAUAUGGUAAAUACUUCGUAUGUUUUAUUUUACACCCUUUUUUUAUAAUAUUCUUCAUGUUCUUCUGCAACUAACAACUAGCUUUUAUACGUAAUAUAAUAUGUAUAGGUGUUAUCUCUUAUGUCUUAUCAAACUAAACAGUCCCUUAAAACCAUAUUCAUCAUUUCAAGCAAACAUCUAUUUUCUACCCAAAUUGGAAAGCACUAGUCAUGUGAACGUCUAGGGUGGGCCGCAGGGCCGUCUAGAGCAAUUUUGAGGCCCUAGACAACCAAAUAAUACUUCGUAUUUAAUUAUGAGAUACAACGUACUCACGUCUCACUAACGCUAGGUUAUGAUAAAGUUUUGUAAUUAUUAAGAAAAGCUAGUUUAUGUGUUUGAUAUUGAAGUGAUAAAGUAAGUAUGAUUUAGAACCACACAAAUUUUGUCAAAUUUGAUAUGUGACAUUCUUAAUGCAUAGGCUGAAAACGAAAGAUGAGACAAUUUUAGCGGAGUAGAGAGAGUAUAACUUCAAUAUAUUUUUUAGUAAAAAAUACAAAACUAUAAUAAGAAACAAAUAGGAAUGACAUAGCCAGAAAGAAAUAUUAACGUGGCUUGGUUAGUUUUUUCCUGAUGAUCUUUUACACAAUCUUUUAACAUAUAAAAAUAUAUAACCAUUUUACAAAUUGGGGGAGGAUUGGGGCCUAAAAAUUUAAAGGACAUCCUAAUUUAGACAUUUCAACUAAAUGUUUUCACUUUCUAUUUUAGAGAACAAUUAACCCUCUUAAGUGACAAUUUGAUAAUAAAAUAUUAAAAAUAAUACAUUUAUAACUCAGUAUAUUAUAUGCGUACACAUCAAACCUAUCUCUCUAAAUAUACUUGAAUUAGGAUAUUGAAUUAUUGUCUAUGCAUAUGCAUUAUAGUUAACACAAUCAUGAUUAUUAAAGUUAUAGCCACUAAAGUAUAAAAAGACAUAUUUUAUUCACUCUUAUUUAGAUCUAUACUAAUUUGCUACGGUGAAAAAAGAUACGUUGAUGCAAAUAUUUUUUUCUACACUAAUUUUUAAGUAUUUUAAUUAAUUUAAUUAAAGAUUUAAGGUAUAUAUAAUAUUAUUAUUUUUUAAAAUGGAGGCCCUACCAAAUUUGGAGGCCCUAGACAAAUGUCUAGGCUACCUCCCCCCAUGGCCGGCCCUGGUUGGCCGGCCUUGGGCAUGAGUCAUGCAUGAGAUACUUCUGACUAUUUGCCUCGGAUUCUUGGUUGGAUUAUACCAAGCUUUCUUCGGCUUAUUUGCAUAAUAGCUGAUACGCUUUGAAGGUUAUACUAAACAAAAUUUAUUUGAAGCUAAAAAUGAUUUGACAAUUGGGAACUAAAUUUGACAAAAUUUAGUUCUAUUUCGGGAACUUUCCCAAUUGUUAACCAUUAGUGCUAUAUAAGCUCUUCACAACUUCACUUGCAUAUUAAGUUAUCAACAACACCAAAUAAGAAAGUCACAUAAGUAGGUGUUGCACAAAAUAAUCAACACAAAUAAUAUAUCCAAGCCCAAAUGGCCAAAUACUUAUAAUUUUAUAAUUACAAUCAUAAUUCAUGGUUGAUUAUAUUCCGGGCUGGUAAAGUAAAAAAAAAAAAAAAAAAAAAAAAAAAAAAAAAAAAAAACUUGAUUGGGAAAAUUGAUUAAAGUUCUAGACCGGUUUAGCUUCAAUUCGGUUUCAAAUUUCAAAUUCUUAGCGAAGCUUGUAUUUUUCAUUUUUAAAAACAAAAGUGGAAGCAAUGGUUCCAAUAAUAUUUUAAAAUAACCAGUUUUGAGUACUCAUUCCAGGUCAAGCACCAAAGUACUGCAGGCGCCCGAAUAAGCCUUUUACCUGAUCAAACUCGAUCCACCCCGCAAUGAUAUGGCUCUUCUAGUUUUCUCGAUCUCAAAUUGAUUGAUUAAGCAAAUUAAUUUUUUUAGAAUGAUGAUUAAAGUAAAGAACUAAACAUUGCGUAUUAAUUAUAUUCGUCCUUAUAGCAUUAAUAAUUAUUGUAAAAACUGAAGGGAAAACUUUUUUUAGUAUGCAAAACAAAAACAUUGAGUUAUACAGUAUAAGACCGGUCAAGAGUCUAAAUCGUUAAAUUUGGACUCCGUCCAUGUGAAAACGGUGUUUAGACUCCGUCAAUACUAUAUUUUCCUGCAUCCGUGCGCCGUCAAUAAAAUACACUCAGCAUAUAUUUUUUACAUAACAAUUUAGUAAAACAUUAAUUAAAUUAUUAUAAGUAAUGUUUUACUUUUAAUAUUUUCCCUAAAUAAUUAUGAAAUAAAAAAUACACAUUUUGAUUUAAAAAUAAAUAAAUUUCAUUAAUUUUUUAAAUGUUUUUCGGUUCAAAAAAUGAACUUAGUUCAAGUAAACUGUGAUUAUGAAAUAUUCAGUUAUUUGAGAAUGCUUCAUGAAUUAAAAAUUUGUGAUUCAUCUUUUCUCUGGACUCAGAAAAACUUCAACGUAUUUAAAAGUUGAGAUUUUUUAUUUUAUUUUAUAUAUUACAUAUUGGUAUCAUAUGAAAGAUCACGAAAAUUCAUGAAUUUUGAUAUGUUUUUUGAAAAAUCUGGAAUACAAUUAAAAAAGUUAUAAGAGGUUUCAAAAAAUUUGAGGUUUAAUGACACGGGGAUGACAUCAUUAUUUGAGAGUCAAUACACCCUCUAUUAAUAAGACCCUCAACCCCUUACCCAAUUUUAAGACCUCUCUCAAUCCUCCACUACACACAUUUAGGAGUCCAAAAGUUUCAUUUUUAACUUUUUGGACUCCUAAAAUCUCUCCACUACAAAUGGUCUAAUGGUGUAAACCGGUCUAGAACUUUAACCAACAUUAAACAUUAAGUUAUUUUUUUAAUCAAACUUUUUAUAUACACUGCUAGUAAAAACAAAAAAAUCGAGGUGGGUUUGAGCCCUCCCGGAUUUUUGAAGUGAUUUAGGAAAAAUGGUUAGUAGUAUAAGUAAUAAGUUGAUAGUGUUUUGAGAAAAAAUUGAUUUUUUAUUUUUCUUCCUAAUUACAAACUUACAAUACAAUCUAUCCUACACUUUUACUUUUAUUAAAAAAGACUCAAACUUCAACUUUUCUCUCAAUUACGGAUUAGUAAAAAUUAAGAAUAAAAUUAUAUUUAUAUUUCAUAUCUUUUAACUUCUUUUAGUUUUAAGUUUACAAACUUGUAUUGCUUAUAUCGUAUUGGUAUUGAUAGAAGUUGAGUCUUUUAUUUGAAAGAAGUGAAAGUAUAUGAUAGAUUUGUCAAUUUGCCGAUAGUUUGGAAUAAAAUAAACUAAUAAUCCUUACUUCCUCCGUAACUAAAAAAUCUUCCCACUUUUCUUUUUCGUCCGUAACAAAAAAAUCUUCCCAUUUCUAAAUCUUCUCAUAAUACCCCCAAUAAUUCUUAAAAUAAUACACUAUUACAACUACUUUUUUUUAUUUAGAGCCCGUUUGGUAGCACGAAAAUCGGCUGUUUUGGCUGUUUCUGCUGAAAUUUAUGAAGUUCUGGCUGAAGUGGCUGUUUUGGCUGAUUCUGCUGAUUCUAGAAAAAAAUAUUUUAAAAAUAUAUUUUAUUGAUAAAAUAAAGAAAAAAGGCUAAAGAGUCAAAUAGGUCCUUGAACUAACUUAAAGUGUUCAAUUAGCCCCUUAUAUAGGAGGUUCUGCCCGACCGUCGCCAAUUGAGACGGUUCCCGGUGGAAUUUGUUGAUGAAAUUUUUUGAGUAUCUUCUUCAUUAAUUGUAGUUUACCCAUACCAAAUUUCAGCAAAAAAUUCAAUCGGGAAGGCAGUCAAAUGAAUUUUUGAAGAUAACUGCGCAGUUAAACAGCGCAAUACAUUUCGGAAAAUCAUUUGAUUGCCUUCCCGGUUGACGUUUUAGCUAAAAUUUGGUAUGGGUAAACUAGGAUUAAUGAAGAAGAUGCUCAAAAAAAUUCAUCAAAAAAUUCCAGUGGGAACCACCCCAAUUGGCGUUGGUUGGACAGAACCUCCUAUAUAAGGGGCUAAUUGAACACUUUAAACUAUUUCAAGGGCCUAUUUGACCCUUUAGCCAAGAAAAAAUUAUAUGUAAAAAUAGCUAAAAUGGUCAUCUAUAGUAACUUCAGCCAAUACAGCCAGAAAAGUAACUACAACCUUACUUUUUCUGCUUAUUACACAAUUCAGCACGCGUGAGGAAUGAGACAAUUAGACAAAGGGUGAGAGUAGCACCUAUUGAAGAUAAGAUGCGGGAGUCACGCCUACGGUGGUUUGGUCAUGUGCAUAGAAGACCGAGUGAUGCACCUGUCAGACGAGUUGAGAUGUGUGGAGAAGAGGUAGGGAAGAGAGGGAGAGGAAGGCCCAAACAGACGUGGGUUAGGGGAGUCAGAAGUGAUAUGCUUCUUCUUGGAUUGGAUGAGGGUAUGGCUUUGGAGAGAGCAAAAUGGAGGGCGGGUAUUCGUGUUGAGGAGUGAUCUUGUAUCAUCUUUUUUUUCUUCUUCUUCUUUUUUUUUCCUUUUCUUUUAUAUCUUUAUCCUUAUAUAUAAAUAUUACCUUAUCCUUUUUAUUUGAUCUUUUAUAUGUAUAUUCAUCUCUUUUAUAUUAUUUUUUUUUUUUUAUAAUAGCUUAUCUUUUUUAUCUUUAGUUUCUUUCUUUUCCUUUUGGUGAUAAUGUGAUAUCAUAUAUCGAUUCAUGUUAGCCGACCUCAAUAUCAUUUGGGACUAAGGCUUGGUUGUUGUUGUUUGUUGUACACAAUUCAGCACGCGAAAGUAAAAAUUACGUGUUUGGUGAAAAAGCUGGCCGAUAAGCCUGAUAAGCUGAAAAAAGGGGUCUCCAAACGGGCUCUUAUCCUACAUUCCAUCAGAUUAUUCCACUAUCUUCCCAUCAUACCCUCAAUAAUUCAUAUCAUCUUUCACUAUUCUUAAUCUACCUACUUUUGAAAUGAGAAGAUUUUUAAGUUACGGAGGUAGUAUAAUUUCAGGACUAAAUUAAAUGGGUAUUUGGAUCUACAAAAAAUUGAGAAAUACUUUAUAGUUAAAGAACCAAACCAAAUGGGUAUUAAGUAUUAACUCAAUCUACUUUCAUAAAAUUGGAAUGAUGGAAUUUGAAAUAGUUGUUGAAUCAUUCAUUAAUUCAUUCAUACCAAAGCCUAAAAGACUAAAAUGGAAUUGGAAUUACAGAAACGAAGGGUAAAGGUAGAAACCUGGAUGAAGGAAAUAGAAGUAAGGAACUGAUGGGUUCACUGCCGAUUAGCGCCCUGCGUGUCUGCGUCCUUGCUGUGCCGCUGUGGAAUGUGGUCUCAUGCUUGCAUGAGAAGAGAAAUUGCCCAAUAUAGGAGUAAACAUAAACAUAAUUGCACAAAUAUGAGUGAAACUUAAAACUUCCUUCAAUAGGAGUAAACAUUAAUUUUGUACCCUUAAUACCCUAACUUAGUUAAUUCUAAAAUAUGACUUAUUUGAUCCUAAUAAAAUUUAAAAAAAAAAAUCUAAAAUAUUUGAAAAUAUAUAUUGAAAUAAUAAAAAUUAAAUAAAAUAUUUUUUUAAAAAAAUAAAAAAUUUUGAAAAUAAAUAAAAAAUAGAUAAAUCACACUAAAAAUAUAAAAAAAAUAUGCAAGCCUUUGCCGCAACCUCGGCCAUCACCCAGCAAUAUCACAUCCGAUCGGCGGAAAAAAUGUCAUCUUAUGUUAAAACUUCCAUUUUUCUUUGAAAAUGUCAUAAAGAUGGCAGUUUUGCUCUUUGAAAAUGCCAAAUUUUCUCAAAAUCUACCAUCAUGAUGGCAUUUCGGAAAAAUGUUGGCAUUUUUUUUUGGUGGUCAGAGAUGGUGGUGCUGGGAGGUUGUCGAGGCAGCGGUAGACGCCUACAUAUUUUUUUAUAGUUUUUUUUUUAAUUUUUUAGUUUUUUAUUUAAUAUUUUUAAUAUUUUUAAUAUUUUAAUAAUUUUUAUUUUUAUUAUUUUUAUUUAAUACGAAGUAUGUUUUAUUUGAUAUAUUUUUGUGUUUUUUCAUUUUUUUUACAAUUUUAUUAUAAAUUAAUGUUAUUCCUAUUAUGUUUUAAUUAUUAAUGAAAGUUGUUGGGACUUGGGUAGGGAUAUACUUGUCUAAACACUAAAGUUACUCCUAUUCAAAACAUGGUACUCCUAUUUUUGCAUUUUGCCUAUCUUUUACUCCUAUUUGGGGAAUUCUCUCGAGAUGGAUGCUGGAGGAACCAGAUUUCUCAUAUUAUGAAUUCCAUAUUUUUGGCACAAUGCAGAAUGAUUUAAGAUGGAAGAAAAAAAAUGUUGGCAUUCUCAAGGAGAAAUAUGCCAUAUUUUUGGCAUUUUCCGAAAAAAUGGAAAUUUGUAGGAAAUAUGACAUUUUUUUAACGGUCGGAGGUGGUGGUGCAGGGAGGCGGUACCACCGCCUCCUGUCACCGGGGUAAAAAAACUGCCAAAAAAAUUAUGAAUGCCAUAUUUUUGGCAAAAGUCAAAAGGAUUCAAGUUGGCAGAAUGAAAAUGUUGGCAUUCUCAUAGAGAAAUAUGCCAUUUUUGUGGAAUUUAAAAAAAAAAGUGGCAUUUUUUACACCGAUCGGAGGUGGUGGUUCAGGGAGGUAGUACAGGCGGUGGGAAAGGUAUCCAUAUUUUUUUUAAUUUUUUUAAUGGAGUUUUACUAUUUUUUAUUAAUUUUCAAAAAAAAUAAAAAAAUUAAAAAAAUAUUUUUUUUCUUAUUUUUUAUUUAUAAAAAUUUUAUUAAUUUUUUUAUUAUUUUUCUACGAAUUAUUGAAUUUUUUUCAAAUUUAUUAUGAAUUAAACAUCUAAUUAUGACUUUUAACUAUCUUUUACUAAUAUUUAAAGGAGGGGUAAGAAUGGAAGGAAGAAAUGAGUAUGUUUCCAAUAGGACCACUAUGGUCCUAUUUUGGAAUAAAAAACAUAGCAAGUCCUAUUUUGAGUUUUUGCCAUAGUUUUAGUCCUAUUUGAAGUAAUUUCUAUUGUAUUUUUCUUCCUAAUUACAAACUUACAAUACAAUUUUAUAAGUGACCCAGUCAUGUGACCGGGUCACUUUCCGGUCCGGGUUUUUAAACAUAGCUCGUAAUAUUGUCACCAUCAGCCACAUUGACACGCCUUAGUGAAACCGCCACAGUGACACCGCCGCCGGCCGCGCCAAUGACCACAGUCUAGUCCCCCAGCCCCCCACCAGCCACGACCCGAUUCAGCCGCAGCCCCAGCUCAACCCAGAGCUGUGACAACCACCACCUCAUCUCCGGUCCCUUUCCCCUGCUUUCCCAGUCCUCCCACAGCUUCCUAGUCCCAUCCCCACCCCCAACCUACCUGCCCCACCACCACCUUAACCGCCCAGACGCCACCACCACCCGACCCCAGCGCCGCCCAGCCCUCUGCAACUUGCAGCAGCCCAAGCGAUCAGCGCCGCCCUGCCUCGCACCAGUCCGCCCCUUUGCGACUCGACCGAGUACCACCAACCCAAAAACCCACCAGAUCUGAAAUAUAUAGGGCGGUCGACGAAGCUAGAGAACAACAAAAACGACGAUUCACAGAAGAAGCAAAACAAGGCAGUGCACAUAUUACUGUAUUACAUACGUAGUAUAGAAGUAUUACUGUAUUAGAUUAUUUAGAUUUGGUAAAUGGAUUAAUAAUUUUUAAUUUAGAUAUUUAUAAAAUUUUAAGAUGCUAAAAGCCCUUAAACCCGUGUUCUCAAAACAAAAUGCUAAACCCGUGAUUAAGGGCGUAUCUAAAACAAAAUUCAAAAAAGAACAUUCACCUGAAACAUUUGUUUCGCUGCCUUGAGGGAAAAUGCUGAAUCUUCAGUUUCUCAAUUUCCUGGCGGUGGCUGAAGAAAAUGGAUAUGCUGGAGGCAGUGGAAUUGAACCUGAACUGCUAUUUUGCACUUCAUCAUAUCUUUCUGGGCUGAAGCUAGACAUUAAUAUUUCCAGCCUUUGUGACUCUGUUUUCGUAUUGGAAGAACUACUCCUCAAGUUCUUCAUACUUCGUAUAUACGAGUAGGUGGGACUGGUAUCUAUUUGCACAAUAACGAGAACGACUCCUAUAUUAGUACGGAGUAUAACAUGUGCAACUCUGGUCAUUUCCUUUCUGUUUUAGGGAAGCGGGUUGUUUUUAAGACUGCAAUUCUGGACCUUUCCUUUCUAGUCUCACUGGUGCAGCAAUCCCGAGUAAUGGUAAAUACGGAGUAUGCAAUACUCCAUUCUUAAAUAAAUCAAAAUUGCUCUUUGUACACACAUGUGUACACACUAUUGUACACCCUGCUUAAACCCAAAAAAAUUACCCCCUUCUUGUAGGAUUCUUCCACCUUCUUUCUUGAAAGUUGCCAAGAGACAUAUAACACCUUCUAGGAAGGAGGUAUCAAACACAUGAACAUGGAGAAGAUUUCUUGGAGAUAGCUAGGAAACUCCCUAGCAAUGAGAAUGGAAGCUUGGAUGCAACUUCCUCAUGUCUCCCAUAUACACCUAUAAAUAGAGAGUGUAUUGUUGUUCAUUGUAUCAGUUUAGAAAGUGAGAAAAGUGUGUGAAGAGUGAAAAUACACUUAGAGUAGAAGUGUAUUGGUGAGAAUUGGUUUUUUGUAAUAGUUGAGUGUGAGAGUUUGCUCCUCCUAUUGUAAUUCUGUUCUUGAUAUUGAAUAGAAGAAUUUUCCAAUCCCAACAAGUGGUAUCAAAGCGAGGUUGAGUUUUCAUACACUGUUUUCUCAUUUUCAAAUAAAUUUCUACAGGUUAGAAAAUCAUGAUUUUUCAAGUUGCUCGGAAUCACGAUCUGAUCAUACCGUUAGAUUCGUCUCGUCGAGACGAGAAAUCUGGUAUUUUGGGGGAAUUUUUUGGCCACCGGAAGAAGCCGUACGCGCCGCCCAAACGCGCGAGAAAACUGCAUGCGUCAUCAUUGCAUCAUCACGCAGUCCAGAGGAAGAAGAAGAGCCACGUCAGCCGCCACGUAAGCGCCGCGUUAGCGCCACGUCAGUCCACGUAAGUGCCAUGUCAGCCGCCACGUCAUCCGUGUAAGCCAUCCUCUGGGUGCCACGUCAGCGCCGCGUCAGCGCCAGCGCAGAGCCAGCUGUUGCCACGUCAUCCGCCUGCUGGUCUGCUCACUGGGCUGCUGCCUGAACCGGACCGAACCGGUUCGUACUUGUGGAGGCCGGUUCACCCAUUUCCAGACCGGUUUUGGACGAGGUCAGACCGGUUCCUACCAUUUUCGGCCAUUCCGGAUCCAACGGUGAGCUCCGUUUGUCCAAAUUCGGCUCCGAAAAUAUGGUACGAGAUAUUUUGAGCGUUUUAUUAUGGAUAAAUCAUCAUCGGACACCAUGAUUGCGCUCACUUCCACAAAUUACAAUAUGUGGAAGCCUCGGAUGGAGGAUUUGCUAAAUUUGAGGGAUUUAGCCGAUCCUCUCGAUAAUAAUGGCGUGAAACCGGAUAAAAAGACGGAUGAAGAAUGGACAAAAAUGAAUCGAAAAACUGUCGCACAAAUUCGACAGUGGAUCGAUCAUAUUGUGUUCCACCAUGUUGCGCAAGAACAAAGUGCUUACACACUAUGGGAGAAGCUUGGUAGCAUGUAUCAAGCGAAAACCGCACGAAAUAAGACUUUACUAAUGAGGCGAUUAGUAAACCACAAAUUACGAGGAGGUAUUUUGGUGUCAGAACACACCAGUCAAUUCCAGGAUCUUGUGAAUCAGUUGAGCACCACAGGAUGGAUUCUCAAAGAUGAAGAGCAGGCGAUACUACUCUUGAGCUCUCUACCUGACAGCUGGGAGACUCUUGUUGUCACUCUCAGCAAUUCUGCUCCCAAUGGCAAAGUGACUAUGCAGAUGGUCACAGAUGCCCUUGUGAACGAAGAAGCCCGAAGAAAAGAAGUCGGGACUGAACAAUCAUAUGCCUUCGUGUCAGAAACUAGCAGACGAGGGGGGGCAGAAAUAGAGGAAGAAGUCGAGGUCGAGGUAGAGGCCAAGGUCAAAACAGAGGAAAUUCUCAAGUUCGCGGCCGAUCACAAGAACGAGGUAUCUCCUGUGAAAACAAUACUUGGUUUGAAGGAUAUUGCAACUAUUGUGGUAAUUAUGGGCAUAGAAAAAGAGAUUGUAGAAAGUUUCUACGAGAGCAGCCACAGACGAGUCAAAAUACUAGCCAAGAAGCCGGUGAGACCAUUUAAUACUAGGCCCGACCCUUUGAUAUUUCAAAUCGGGUAUUUCGGAUUUUUAAGUCGGAUAUUAUCAGAUAUUAGGUCGGGUUUCGGAUAUUUCGGUUAUAUUUAAAAAAAAUUAUAAUUGGAUAAUUAAAGUGUUUAAAUGCCACUU